AUGAUCAUAUACAUGAAUUCUACACCGUCAUCUGCUCAACUACAAAAUGUUAUAGGAGAAUGUGUGUCUGGUGUGUGUGUCUGUAAACUAGGAUAUUACGGGUCACAAUGUGAACACAAGUGUGAUGUUAGAUCGACACGAGUACGUCCCAAUAAUGCCAAGUUUUGCGACACAGUAUCUUCUGCGUGCCAAUGCCAUCCAGGAUGGUAUGGAUGUCGCUGUAAUAUUACCUGCCCCGAACCUUUUUAUGGUAAUGGAUGCGAAGCAAUAAACACAUGUGAACAAGAAAACAUUGUUUCUUAUGAAAAGACCAAUGGGAACUGUAACUGUAAACCUGGCUGGAGAGGAAGUAAAUGCAAGAAUCCAUGUCCUGAUUGGAACUAUGGAGAUGAUUGCAAACAGGAGUGUAAUUGUAUUCGAAACAAAACCAGGUUUUGCAAGAUGUCGGGUGAAUGUAUCUGCAAGGAUGGCUUUGAAGGAGCAUGUAACAUAUCCAGACAAGACGGCACGCAUUCUCUAGUUACUACUUACACUCCUGAGGGCAAUGCUGAAUGUGACCAUGAAAGUGAAUGUUUCAAACAAUCGGGUAAAUUUACUAAAAGUUAUGAACUUGGCCUUACAAUAUUUAUAGACUCAUACUUUUACAAGGAUUUUAUUAUCUUAGAGUUUCUUUUAAAAUAA